CUAAAGGAAAACAAAAACCCUAAUUCUUCUUUUUUCUGUAAUACAUGUUUCUUCUCGAAAUCUCUUACGGAGAGAAUCACGAGACCAUCAAGCCGAUCGAUGCUCCAUGUAGACUGAUGCAAAUCCGACAAAAUCAGAGACAAAUGCCAUCGGAACUGUAACUCGAAAGAAGUCUCGUGUUUGAUCAAUCAGAACGAUUCCAAGUCGGGUCUCUCUAAACUCACAAGAGCAAAAGAUCUCGCCACUGUUCAAGAGUUACUAUGGAAGCAUCUUAUGCGUUUCUCACCGGAAGAUUUUGGCAACGGUGGCGAAUGAGAACAAGGACUAUGUAGCAUAUUCGAAUUUCUAUGGAGUCGCCUGAGGGCCGAGGAUGCAUGAAGAAGAAGAUCAAAGAUCAACAUUGAGUUUCGUGACUUUCUUCGACAAGGAGUCGGUGCAGUGAAGGCUAAUUAAUGGGCCUUGGCUAUUGGGCUUUUAAUUCUCCUCACUACCCCAAUCCAAACCAGGAGAAGAAACAUUUUCAGUCUCCUUUUGAAUCAGAAGAAAGAGAAAAGAAAAAUGGAGAGAAACACGCCGGUGAGAAACCCUCACACUUCCACCGCCGAUCUGCUUUCUUGGUCGGAAACUCCUCCUCCUCACCACUCAACCUCUUCCGCCGCUCGUUCUCACCAGCCGUCCGAUGGAAUCAGCAAGAUUCUCGGCGGUGGUCAGAUCACAGAUGAGGAAGCUCAGUCGCUUAAUAAGCUGAAGAAUUGUUCAGGGUACAAGUUAAAAGAGAUGACUGGUAGUGGCAUAUUUAAUGAUAAGGGAAAAGUCGGGUCUGAAUCCGAUGCUACUGAUCCAAAGACUGGACUCCGUUACUAUCAGCAGACGCUGAAUGGAAUGAGUCAGAUAUCUUUCAGUGCUGACGGUAAUGUUUCCCCGAAGAAACCAACCACUUUAACCGAGGUCGCAAAGCAAAGAGAGCUGAGCGGGAACUUGCUAACCGAGGCAGACUUAAAGAGCAACAAGCAGAUAUCAAGUGCUAAGAUUGAAGAGAUCAGCGGUCAUGACAUCUUUGGACCUCCAUCUGAGAUCCAACCUCGAUCUUUGGUUGCUGCGCAGCAAGAAGCUAGAGGUAACAGAGACAUGGGAGAGCCUGCACCAAGGAACUUACGCACUUCUGUUAAAGUUUCCAAUCCUGCAGGUGGACAAAGCAACAUACUAUUCAGUGAAGAACCUGUUGUGAAGACAUCAAAGAAGAUACAUAACCAGAAGUUUCAAGAACUCACAGGCAACGGCAUUUUCAAAGGCGAUGAAUCACCUGGUACUGCGGAUAAGCAGUUAAGCUCAGCUAAACUCCGGGAAAUGAGCGGAAACAACAUUUUCGCAGACGGGAAGUCAGAAUCCCGAGAUUACUUUGGUGGUGUGAGGAAGCCUCCCGGCGGUGAAAGCAGCAUUUCAUUGGUCUAAGACUCGGGGUCUAUUUGGUAUUAACCGCGAUAUGCUCAGCUCUCAUGUUUCAGGUUCUUUAGAAUUUAGUUUCUUAGAGUCUGGUUUCGCGAAAAACACUAGAGCUAUAUUUCGGUUUUCUUCUAGGAAAAUCUGAAGAGAGCUCAUUGUACUGAUCCUUGUAAACCUUUUGGUGUCGUCUCUAGUACUUUGAAGUUUCUUAACUGUUUCUGCAUUUUUAACUCUUCGCUUAAAAAGCAAGUAUGGUUUCAAUACGUCAUCGUUUUCGAAUUUGUCAAAAUUUGUAAAUAAAAAAGGAAACGACUC